CAGCAUUGUUGUCAACUCAGUAUUUUCAGUUAAUUCAAUCAAUUGUGGGUUGUGUAUGUGUGCGUGGAGUGUAUGUGGAUUAUCUAUAAUAUAAAAAAUCACUAUUGGUCGUUAGGAGUUUAUUCGCAUAUUUACAGAUAAUCGAUUUGAAAUUGUAGUUUUAAUAUUUCUGAAGAAAAACCGGACCAGUUGCCUAAUCCUCCUAUGGCUGAAAAACAAACCCAAUUUUCAUUAGUACCAAAAAUAGUCAAUGGAGGAAUCGCCGGUAUCAUUGGUGUUACUUGCGUUUUUCCGCUGGAUCUCGUGAAAACCCGACUGCAAAACCAACAAAUCGGACCUAAUGGCGAACGAAUGUACAAUAGCAUGGUCGAUGCGUUCCGGAAAACUUACAGGAGCGAAGGGUUUUCCGGCAUGUACAGAGGAUCAGCCGUGAAUAUUCUUCUGAUAACCCCGGAGAAGGCCAUAAAAUUAGCUGCUAACGAUUUCUUUAGAUACCACUUACAAACCAAAGAAAAGACGCUUCCAGUAUUUCGACAGAUGUGCGCCGGUGGACUAGCCGGCCUCUGUCAGAUCAUCGUCACAACUCCCAUGGAGCUGUUGAAGAUACAGAUGCAGGACGCAGGAAGGGUGGCCGCCCAGGCUCUUCUAGUUGGAAAAACCGUUCCGAAAACAUCCGCCACGGAACUAGCUUUGGGUUUGGUCCGGAAACACGGUAUCCUCGGAUUGUACAAAGGAACCGGCGCUACCAUGUUGAGAGACGUUUCAUUUUCUGUGAUAUACUUUCCAUUAUUCGCCACUCUGAACGAUUUAGGACCGAGAAAAAGCGACGGAUCAGGAGAAGCUGUGUUUUGGUGCUCUUUCUUAUCGGGCUGCGCGGCCGGUUCGCUGGCAGCGCUAUCUGUGAAUCCUUUCGAUGUGGUUAAGACUAGAUUGCAGGCUAUUACUAAAGCAGAAGGCGAGAGAUCCUACACCGGUAUAGGAAACGCUUUUAUGAGUAUCUUGAAGUACGAAGGUCCUACAGCGUUCUUCAAAGGUGGUGCUUGUCGAAUGAUUGUUAUAGCGCCGCUGUUUGGGAUAGCUCAAACUGUUUACUACUUGGGAGUGGCGGAAACUCUGUUGGGCUACAAGAGAGUUUAAAUUAAGUAGAAAGAUUUAUUUUUUUAAGCAAUUUUUAAGUAAUAACUCCUUAUUUUAUUUAUAUUAGUUUAAGCGUAUACAUUAUACAUAUAGGUUUUUUUAUAGUUGUUGAUCAAUUUUGUUGUUUGUUUUAUAAUAGGAAACAAUCUAUUUAAGAAUAAUUCUUGUUGAUGAAAAAUAUUUUUGAAUAAUUUAUAUAGGAAUAUUGUUGGAUGCUUGUAGAAGGAGAAAAUAAUACUCGUUUAAAAAUUGUAUAAGUAUAUGAGAAAUUUGAAAAGAGAUCAAGUUAUACCUAAUUUUAUUAAAUUCGUAUUUAAAACUACAAUCUCAAUACAAAUUGUUUGCAAUUGUACAUUAACUUAUUGUAAUUGUUCUGUUUUGUAUCAUCAUAUAUCAAUUUCAUUGCCAGAUCGAUUAUGUAACCUUUUAGUAUUAAGUAAAAAUUGCCAGUAUUUACAUUAUGCAACAUUCUAUUCCAAAAAUUAUACUGAAGCAAUAAUUUUAAAUUCUUUAUAAAUAUACGAGGAGAUGCGUUAGGUUUUCGAAUUUUGAAGAGAAUAUUUUAAGAAGUACAUAAUUAUGUAAAAACUGGCAAUUUCUAUUAAAAAGAAAAACGACGUUCAGGAAUUUUUUAAAAUUGUGGCGAUUCUACAGACGUAUUAUCUAUUUAAUAUCAAGGAAAAGCGGGUAUAAAUUAUAUUUUGAAAAAUUCCUGAAAGUGCCUCAAAAUUUAAGGCAAAAGUUACCUUCUGAAUUUUUGUUUUAUGUCAUUUUUGAAUAUUCCGUCAAAUAUUGGUUAUUUAUGAUACUUUUAUUAGUGGGUUUAGCAUUUUUCCACGAUAAUAAACUAAAACUUUUUCCUAACUUUAAAAUCCUUAAGGAUAAGUAAAUAAUGAUUUAUUUAACUCAUUCUUGGGACUAGAAUAACAUACCUACCCUUUAGAAAAAUUAUUUUCGUAGAAAAAUGCUUAACUUAGAAAAAAAUAUAUAAAAAUGACAAUAAUAUUUAGCGAUGGCUAAAAUCAAAAAAAUUCGAAUUACCUUACAAAUAAUAAUGUAUGUUGUGAAGACUACGUAUGGGCAAGUUGUAUCACCACUAGCGAAUAUUUAGAUUGAAACAAAUGCCUGUUAUCAAUUAUCAUAAUUCCCUUGCCUUAAUUGUUUCUGAAUGUUGAGAAAUAUUUACUUGGCGUACAAAAAAAUCUAAAUGUAGUUGUCGAAAUUAAUGUUAUUGCAGUUUUGUCAAUUACUGUAUUAACAAUGUUCUUAGAGAAUGUAUAAUAAAUGUAAACUGUUAAUUUUGAUUGAUUUUGCAAC